CAUGAUGGACUAGAACGGAGUGAAGCCUGAAGUCUGCCAGUGUUUUGCAAUGAUUCUUCAGUCCUCAUCAGUUUUUCGAUGCUCGUCGAACUAAUAAGACGCACUGUCGUUUCUCCAAGACAAAAAUUGUGAUAAAAUUAAAGUUUUGUCAAUUUUAAACUCCACGAAAAGAAAACAAAUUGACGAUUGAUUGAGUCAAAGUGAUCAAUAAAUCCACUAUUUUUUAAUUCACUCAUCUCAACUAUUGUCACAACUAUUGACUUCUGUAUUUUCUCUUCAUCCUGAGCUUCUGACAAAUUUUAUUAAUCAUUGUAAUUGGCUUCGAAAUUUAAUUCAAGCUCAGUCGAAUGGAUUAGCGAGUGAUAGUAAUUAUCGAACCAUCGAAUUUCAUGUGUUUACGAAUGCAGCGGUUAAAUUAGUGAAGAUAUAUCAAACGUAAACCAGAGAGAAUAAUGUGCGGUCAUUAGUUGAGAAUAAAAUGAUUAAAUUCUAAAAAAUGAUCGCACCCGAGGCUGUCAUUCAUUUGAUUGGAGACAUCAAGGGAAAAACAGAUUGAAUGUUGAUUCAGAUAUAUUUGUUCAGGGGCAAAACUUGGUAAUUAGUUAAUAAUUUAAUAUUCGUUCAUCCAUUUUUGAUGACUGAGAACAUUUUCAUGAUUUAUUUGCAUAUGAAAAUGAAAUGAAAUUGAAUCAGGUUAAUUGAGAUAGAGCAGAAUUCAUAAAUAUUUCGGAAUUAUCUGGGACAUUGUUGAAACAACUGUUCACAUUGAUCAACUUCAAUUAGAGAAUUGUAAUAAUUAUCGAAUGACUAAAUUGCUCACGUUAACAAACAAAGUGGUUAAAUAUAAAAUAACAACCUGAGGCCCUGAUAUCGAAAAUUGAAUAACUGUUCCGUGAAAUUGCAGAGUUAAUGAGAAUUUUCAAAUGAAACAACAAUCAUUACUUUAAUCAUACGCAGAUUCUAUGACAAUGGACAAUUAAUUGAUCGAUUCGCGACAAUUGUCCCCAGGUCUCAAAUAAACGGAAAAAAUGCCAAUCAUCUUCAUUGGUCGAUAUAAUCCAGACGUGCUGACAAGUCGAAUCAUUACAUUAGUAAAAAUAGCUCACUACUGCCAAUGAACAUCAGAAUAAUUCACAGUACCUGACCCCCUUCCAAGGUAUAACAAUCAAAGUGACGGUUUCCUUCGUAAUAUGUUUGACGACGAGAUAGUGGUAAUCGAUGACGGCAACGAGCACAGACAAGCUGAUGGGAAUUUUCAAUGGCCCAUUGCUAAUCUCGGGUGCAAAGUUCAGAGCAAAUGGAAGCAAAAACUCCCGACGUGCACAAAUAUAGAGCAUCAUAAAAUAUCCACUGAAACUCGGUGUAAUCGUAGUUCUUGUUUUCAAAAUGACCUGAGAAGUUUGUGCCUGAGAGCUGAAGGAAUAAGUGAAGACGAUAAGUGCAUUUGUACGAGGCUUUGGCCGACUACGAGGAAGUCUGAUACAUCGGUUACGAUGGAGGACAUUGAGCUUGAAUCCCUGGUGAAUCCGAAUGACCUGGAUCAUGGAGUUAUUGAGGACGAUGUAAUUGAAUCUUCAUCGAACUGGGGAACAUCCUUCUCACAUUGCUCGGGGGAUGACUCGGCUGGAGAGAGAUCCGCAUUUUGUUACACCCCGGAGAGGCUUGUCAGGGCCAGGGAGUACAGAAUUUUAACUCCAUCGCCGAAGUAUUUUUUUGACAGUUGGGCAGACACCGGGAUGAUGGUCUCGACGUUCAGGGAGACACGUUCGAAGAUGCCGAAGUUCAGGAGAAAGCUGGAGAGUCUUAUUGAUUCGACGAAAAUGGAAUACUCGAUUCCAGGAGCUUCGCAAUUAGAAGCCCUCCUGGACUCAACCGCUCCGGAAGUUCGAGUUCCCCUGUCGAUUCGUCGAUCACGUCGUCAUCGAAACUAUCAAAUAAACAAGACCUUUCAGGAGGUGUCUCCUUCGAAAGAGCUUCUGGAAAUCGCCAAUCAGGAGAGUCCCAUUCGUUGUGAGACACCCGAGCCCGCAAGCAGCAACUCCUCUACUUGUGGGUGCUUGUGCAAUAGUUGGGAGGACCGCGAAAAAUCAUCCCGAUCGGUAGACGAUACUUCUGGGAUACAAAGCAACACGUGGAGUGAAAGUGGCUCUGGCUUUGGGACACCGGUUUGUUUAUCUAUUGACUUAGGAACGGGUUCCAGGGUCUCCCAGUGCCAGAGUCAGUCCCGGAUGAUCAACCAGGUAGUCACCCUCCUUGAGGGUCUCCGACCGACGUCCCUCCACCCGCCACAAGUCAACGACCUAAUUCAAGACAGAUUCGGCCAGAGUUCAUCGAGUCACGACUACUUGACGCGUCUUGCAUUAUCAAUCGAAGACGAAUCAGACCCAAAACACCCGAGAACCACCGAAGAAGAGCUCAACGAGCUCCGUGAUCGUGUACACCAGCUCCAGGAGAACAGUAGAUGCAUGUACAGAGACCUCGGCCUCCUUCGAAUGGACUUUCAGUGUGAAGAAAGAAAACUUGAUAAUUUACAAAAUGAGACUUCGAGAUUUCAUCGGGAUAUGGACGAACUCCGUUAUCUCGAUGAUCUACUGAAUUUGUUGCGUGGGGAACUGGCGAGAAUAUCGAGGCGAAAUUGGCCCUUCAUUCUUGGUCACGAUGAUUACGACACCGAGGAAAUUAAUCUGGUGGUGUAAUCAAGAUUAAUAUUGGCGUGGAGAAUAUUUUGGGAAGGUCCGAUCAUCGCAUGUUGAUAAAAAAAAGGUUAAAUCAUUGAUUUGUGGGUAAAUUAUUGAAAUGAAUUAUGGAAGUCGUGAAAGAAGGAGAAUUAAGUCGUUGUUUAAUUUUUUUAAUUUAAAAUAUGAAUUAAGUUUUUUAAUUGACAAGUUUGAGAAUUCGUAGCAGCAGAUAAAAUUAUUGUGAUGGCUAUUUCCUAAUAAAAUUAUUGAUAGUAUUGACGUUAUCGAUAAUAAAAAAAUAUUGUGAAUUGUGA